UUAACAGAAAGAGUAGCUAGCAAAAAAUACGGCUUUACCCCAAACACAAUGUGGUAGACGCUGCUCGGCCCCAGUUGUCAACACAGCAAGCGGACGGACGAGCAGCACAUCGAACGCCAAUGCACAUCAACGUUAACAUUAACAGCAGCAACAAUAACAAUAACAACGUGAAUAUCAAAAGCAACAAUAAUAACAAUGAAACAAUAAUUAAAAUAAAUGGUUUAAUGUAAGUGCCUAACGAGCCCUAGCGAGUGUGCCCCACACCACCAGCACUACCAUCAGCAACCUCCCUCUAACAUUCACCUGACGCCAUUGGAGCAGCAGUAAUGAGUUGCCAGCGUAUAAAUCAACACAAAGGCCGAAAUAACAAAAACAAGAAGAAGACCAUCGUAAAGAACAAACAUUCAAAAAUCAAAACAAAACAAGAAGCGACGACGGCGACGACACACACAAAGACAUCGAACCCGGUGAGAGAACUUCUGACUCAAAAUUUUAGACAAAUAAAGAAAGUAAGCUGCCAGUGGAAAUUAGGCCAACACAUUUGCAACGCCAAGCAAACGUUCGCCUACAGCAAACAGCAAUCAACAAGCAACAACCAACAAGCAACAACAACAACAAUAAAGACAUAGAGAACGCCGCCUUAUUCAUGAAACCUUAGCCAUAAGAAACAGCAAGCACCAGCAGCAACAACAACAACACCAAAAGUUACCUCAAAAUGGAUUUUCUGGCCAAUUUCAUCAAAAAUCCGCAAACAAUGUUGUCCACUUACAUCGAUCUGGACUAUUCGCUCUGGCUUUAUCGCUUUCUAACGCCACUGAUUGUCACAUUCCUCCUGCCGCUCGUCUUCGUCGCUCUCAUCUACAUAUCAUUUUUGGUUCUCUUCAUCUACAAGCUGCACAGGCAGGUUAUUAUGCGAGCGGUGCAAACGGAUCGAAACUUUUGGCGCGUCGGCCGCAAGAUUGUGGCUGCAAUUUGGGAUGCACACGCGCGCAUUUAUCAUGGAUAUGAGGUGAUCGGUCUGGAGAAUGUGCCGCAGGAGGGACCAGCGCUGAUUGUCUACUACCAUGGGGCGAUACCCAUUGAUAUGUACUAUCUAAAUUCACGGAUGUUGCUGCAGCGCGAGCGUCUCAUCUACACGAUUGGCGAUCGAUUUCUGUUCAAGCUGCCUGGCUGGGGCACCAUUUCCGAGGCGUUCCAUGUCAGUCCCGGCACGGUGCAGUCGUGUGUGAGCAUAUUGCGCGAUGGCAAUCUGUUGGCCAUCUCACCGGGUGGCGUCUAUGAGGCACAGUUCGGUGAUCAUUAUUAUGAGCUGUUGUGGCGCAAUCGUGUCGGUUUCGCCAAAGUGGCCCAGGAGGCCAAGGUGGCGAUAAUACCAUGCUUUACACAGAAUUUGCGCGAAGGCUUUCGCCAGGUGGGCAUCUUUCGCACGUUCUUCAUGCGUUUGUAUAACAAACUGCGCAUACCCGUCUAUCCCAUUUACGGCGGAUUUCCGGUCAAGUUUCGCACAUAUCUGGGCAAGCCCAUACCCUAUGAUGAGAACUUGACGCCGCAAGAGCUGCAAGUUAAGGUGGCCACCGCCAUUGAGGAUCUUAUUAAUCGGCAUCAGCGUCUGCCUGGUAGCAUACUUUUGGCGCUAUUGGAUCGCCUGCCAGCAUUUAAACGUCAUCGCAAGAAUUCAGUUUGCAGCCCCGUCAAGGAUAAAGCGGACUGAGGCGCUGCAGCCAGGCUGGCAAGCAGGCAGGCAUAUUACCAAUAAAUAAAAAAAAACAUCUCUGGAAUUUGAUAAUAAGAAGAACUGUGUUAAUUGGACUAAUAACUAAAGCAAAUAUCAAAUCCGUGGGCAUUGAACAUUGAACAUGAUCAUCGAUCGAUCAUCGAUUGUAUGCCAUAAGACUUCGUUCCAUGUGUACUUCAUUAUAAUUAAUAUUAUGUAAUGUCUAAAUUAAUGUCGUAACUAUUACUACUAAUACUACUACUACACUACGUCUACGUCCUCCGUCUAGUUGUAACGUGAGUGUAUCCAAUUCGUUCGUUUAAGUGACAACAGUGACAACUAGUGCAAUAAACCGCCUUGUAUAGCUCGUAA